AUGGCGCCGGCUGCCGCUCCGCCAGGACCGCCAGCAGUCAUUUUGCCUUCGUAUGCCGCCUGGUUCGAUCCGAAUGCGGUGCACGCGAUCGAGCGGCGCGCGCUGCCCGAGUUCUUCGACGGCUCUUCGGCCGUCAAGACGGAGCUCGCGUACACCGAGGCGCGCAACUUCAUCGUCAGCUCGUACCGCGAGCAGCCGGCGCUGUACCUCCCGCUCACCGAGGUGCGGCGUCAUCUCGCCAUCGAUGUCGCCGCCGCCACGCGGCUGCACCGCUUCCUCGAGCACUGGGGCAUCAUCAAUUACAGCCGGCACACGCUGAGCGCGCGGCCGGAGACCUUCCCGUCCGGCGGCGGGAGUGGCUGGUCGGACGACGACACGCUAGCCCUGCUCGAGGCGCUCGGCCGGGUGGGGGAGGGGCGGUGGGAGGAGGUUGCCGCUCACGUUGGCAAGUCGGUCGACGAGUGCGUCCAGCGCUUCGUCGAGCUCCCUAUCGAGGAGCCGCACGGCUUCGAGGCGCUGCGCGCCCCGCCCAACAUGGUGGCGAUCACUUUGGCGCCGUCUCCCGCGGUCAAGGCGGAGGAGGCCCCCGAUGUGAAGAUGCACGAGGCGCACAACGGGAGCGGACAGUGA